AUAAUAAAUACUCGACCCAGUUGACUCACUGAAUGGCCCUGUCGGCUGCAGCCACUCUCACUCGCCGCUACCCCAUUAAUUCCCUUUCCUCUUCUUCAUUUUCUCGGCCCUUUUUAAAUACUCGAUUCAUCACAGACAAACCCCACAGUCGAAAACAGAGGCCGGCAACGAUGGCUUACGCCUCGUCAACGGAUGAGAAAAUCACCGCACCAUACGGUUCUUGGAAGUCUCCGAUCACCGCCGACUUCGUCUCCGGCGCCGAGAAGCGCCUCGGCGCCACCGCCGUCGACGACCACGGCCGCCUCUUCUGGCUCGAGUCUCGCCCCCUCGAAUCAGGGCGAAGUGUUCUUGUUAAAGUUCCAGAAAAACCUGGAGAUGAACCUAUUGACAUUACGCCCAAGGAGUUUUCGGUGCGAACAGUGGCUCAAGAAUACGGAGGUGGUGCAUUCAGGAUUGUAGGGGAUACUGUCAUUUUCUCGAAUUACAAAGAUCAGAGACUGUACAAGCAGUCAAUUCAAUCUGGAGAUUCGUCUCCAUUGCCGCUUACUCCGGACUAUGGUGCGCCAUCAGUGUGCUAUGCGGAUGGAGUGUUUGAUUCACACUUUAACCGUUAUGUUACUGUAAUGGAAGAUCGUCGUGAAGACCAUCUGAAUGCAACAACAACUAUUGCAUCGCUCAACAUCAAUGAGCAUAAUAUCCAAGAACCAAGAGUUUUAGUGAGUGGAAACGACUUCUACGCCUUCCCACGUCUGGACCCAAAAGGAGAAAGGAUGGCGUGGAUUGAAUGGGGACACCCUAACAUGCCAUGGGAUAAAUCAGAACUUUGGGUUGGCUAUUUUUCAGAGAAUGGAGAUAUCUGCAAACGUGUGUGUGUUGCUGGUGGUGAUCCUGCGAUUGUGGAGUCUCCAACCGAGCCCAAGUGGUCAUCUGACGGGGAACUAUUCUUCAUCACCGAUAGGGGAAGUGGGUUUUGGAAUAUUUACAAAUGGGUCGAGUCUGAUAACAAGGUGUUGCCAGUUUAUUCCAUGAACGCUGAGUUUUCAAGACCAUUAUGGGUUUUUGGCAUAAGUUCGUAUCAAUUACUUCAGAGUCGUGAACAAAAAAAUUUAGUUGCUUGCACGUACAGGAAGAAUGGAAGAUCUUCUUUUGGAGUUCUAGAUGAUGUUCAUAGCACAUUAUCUCUUCUUGAUAUUCCUUUUACAGAUGUCAACAAUAUUACUUCGGGGCUUCAUGGCCUGUACAUUGAGGGAGCAUCAGCUGUCCAUCCUUUAUCAAUAGCUAAGGUGACUUUAGAUGAUACUAAAUCUAAAGUCAUAGAUUUCGAGAUCAUUUGGUCGUCUUCACCUGAUAGUUCGAAGUACAAAUCACACUAUAGCUUGCCAGAAUUGAUUGAGUUUCCAACUGAAGUUCCUGGUCAAAAUGCUUUUGCAUACUUUUAUCCACCAACCAACCCCUGUUAUCAAGCUAGUCAGAAAGAAAAACCUCCGCUACUGUUGAGGAGCCAUGGAGGGCCUACCGCUGAGACCCGUGGAGUCCUAAAUCUUGCUUACCAGUAUUGGACUAGUCGAGGUUGGGCAGUAGUAGAUGUCAAUUAUGGUGGAAGCACUGGUUAUGGAAGAGAAUAUCGUGAAAGGCUUUUGGGUCGCUGGGGAAUUGUUGAUGUCAAUGACUGUUGCAGUUGUGCUAAGUUCUUGGUCAAUGAAGGAAAGGUUGAUGGAGAAAGAUUGUGCAUUGCUGGGGGCUCUGCUGGUGGAUACACAACAUUAGCUGCUCUUGCUUUCAGAGAAACGUUUAAGGCUGGUGCUUCCUUGUAUGGUAUAGGUGACUUGAAAUCCUUGGUAGCGGAAACUCACAAAUUCGAAUCUCGCUAUAUGUACAACCUUGUUGGAAAUGAAGAAGAUUUCUUUCAGAGGUCGCCCAUCAAUUUUGUGGAUAAAUUUUCUUGCCCCAUACUACUGCUACAAGGGUUAGAAGAUAAGGUUGUACCCCCUGAUCAAGCAUGUAAAAUUUACGCUGCGUUGAAGGAAAAGGGUUUGCCCGUUGCUCUUGUUGAGUUUGAAGGAGAGCAGCAUGGUUUUCGCAAGGCCGAAACCAUAAAGUUCGCGCUGGAGCAGCAAAUGGUUUUCUUCGCGCGUCUAGUGGGACACUUUGAGGUUGCGGAUGACAUUACUCCGAUCAAGAUUGAGAACUUCGAUUGAGGAUCCGAAACUGUGUUUUAUGUCUGAAUUGGUGUACUGAGCGUUGGUACGCGAUACUCCCCGAUUUAACUACAACACAUAUGUGUCUACUUGAUGAAAAUGAUCGCACUAAAAGUUGAAUCCACAGGCUGAAACCAUAAAGUUCGCGCUGGAGCAGCAAAUGGUUUUCUUCGCGCGUCUAGUGGGACACUUUGAGGUUGCGGAUGACAUUACUCCGAUCAAGAUUGAGAACUUCGAUUGAGGAUCCGAAACUGUGUUUUAUGUCUGAAUUGGUGUACUGAGCGUUGGUUAUGGCAUCAUGUUUGCGAGAUUAGGAUCCAAAUGAAACUCGAUGCACUUUCAUCUGCAAUAGUAUCUUACCUUGUUCAAGUUCUAUGCAAAAUUCCACAUUUCUUGUUA